CCAAGUCAGCCCAUAAACGUAGAGGUGGGCCUAAUAAAUUGACAAUACAUCGUUUUAAAUAUUAUGUUUGCUUCCAGAAUUCACGAGAGACAAUGAUUAAUCAUCUCCUGAUCGCCGUAGCCGUUCUUUCGCUCUCCAAGCUAUCAUCACAGAUAUCCACCAAAGAUGACCCAAGCUACAUCGGAGCAGUGGUAGAGUACCACCCGAUCACCGACGGCGACGACGGCCAAAUCAUAGCCGAAGCCAACGUCAACAAUUACCGGACCAUCAUAAGAACCGCAGCGAGUUAUGCCGUCGACAUAAUUGUCUUCCCCGAAUUCGGAGUGACGUCCAUACCGAGCGUCAACGCUAGAGGAAAGGCUUUCAACGCCAGCGAUUACCGGGCCUACUACCGAACCGCGGCAUCAUUGAUCCCGGAUCCCAAAGCUAAUGAAAUACCUUGCGAUGCAGCUACAUUGUAUGCUCAGUCCCUGAAGGAAAUAUCAUGCGCCGCCCGCGAGUACAGCAUGUACGUGGUAGUGAACCAUCACGAGCGCGUCGAGUGCCCGUCGCGCAACUGUUCGCCGGACGGCUUUCUCCUGUACAACACCAACGUCGCGUUCGACCGGCAAGGCCGGCUGAUCGCGCGCUACCGGAAGUACAACCUGCUCGAGAUCGGCACUAACGCGACCCGCGAACCCGUGGUCUCCACCUUCAGUACGGACUUUGGCGUGACCUUCGGCCAACUCGUCGGCUUCGAUCUGCUCAAGGAGAGCCCGGCCGUCCCAAUGAUCGGUAACCCCAACGUUACCGAUCUCGUGCUCUCGUCGAGGCUCUACAACGAGCAGCCCUUCCUCGACUCGGUCCAACGGCACGCGGCUUGGGCCUACGCCGCCGAUGUCAACCUCUUGGCUGCAGCCUACAACUCGGACCUCAAAGGCAGCGGAGGUAGCGGUAUCUACGCGGGAAAACGCGGCCAGCUGCGCGUCUACCACCCAGGGGUGCCCUCGAACGCCCUGGUCGUCGCCGAGAUACCAAAGUUGUCCGGAACCCGCGCGGGGAUUCCCCGGCAGGGCCGAUCGAGCCUCCACGUGUUCAAGCAGGCCGAGGUGCCCACCAUCUCGAGCUCCUCGGCCGCAGUGCCCAAGAGCGAGCAGAACCACACCCACGAGGAUUUGGCCGCCUACACGAGCCUCCCCGUGGAUCCCAAGCAGAGCCCCCACAUCGUGACCUUGUGCGACAACGGGUUGUGCUGCGAAUUCCACGUGGAGACCAAAUUCGACGAGGAUUUGGCGAAGAAGCAGGACGGAUCGGUAUACUACAGGUACCGAUUCGCCGUGUUCAGCGGCGUGCGCCAGUUCGCGGCCGAUCAGACGCUCGGUGUGGAGGUUUGCUCGAUCGUCUCGUGCGCCGGUGACGAGAUCGAUAAGUGCGGCCGGCUGUACCCCGAGGGUGCGAGGGUGGUCGAGCCCACGGUCUUUUUGGCGCUGUACGUGACGCGCCGGGCCGAUUUGGGGACCCGGAGCUUUUACUCGCCAACGACCGCUACGAGGGAGCUCUUGCCGAUCAACACCACCGAUUUUGGCUUCGCGAUCGGCGGACCGGAGAGCAACAGUCUGCUGUUGGCUUACCUGUCGAGGCCCACGGGCAACGUGGCUGCUUUUGGUAUCUACGGGCGGAGGUUCGAUUGGGACGGGCAGCCGCCUACGAGACCGUCGUCGGCUGGUACUUCCGUGGCUCCUUCGGUUGUCGUUGUCGCGAUGAUGCUACUGGCGGUGACCACUCGGUGUUUUGAGAGAUAUUGAAAAAAAAAAAAAAAGAGAGAUUAUUCGUUUUUUAUACAUUGUUUUUUAUGUACCGUUUAGAGAUGUUUGUAAUAAUAUUCCCGUUGGCGAUGGGAGUCUCAGCCGGAAAAUUUCGAUACUUUCGGUCAAUAUUACGCGUGGCUAAUUAAUAAUUUUAAUUCCAAUGAUUAUUAAUUUUAACAAAAUAAGUUUACUUGCAUUUUGAUAAAACAAGUUGAUUCGUAACUUUAACGAGUUGGUCGUUUACUGUAAAAUUUCAAAAUACUGAGGGCCCUAUAUUUCUUUGAAACAAAA